GUAACUUGGUGUCCUGCAUCAGCAGUGGGGUGGACCCAAAGGCCUUCAUGGCCCUUUCCAACUCUAGUAUUCUAUGGUUCUAAGAUGAAUCCAGUGUCUUUUAAAACCAGCUAUUGGAUCUCAGGAAGGAAGACAGUUUAAUCAUCAAAUGCAAUGAAUGGCUAGGAUGUUAUAUCCUGUUUAUAAGGCUGCAGUGGCACCAUCGUUUGAAAUAGGUUAUUAACUAGAUGAGCCUUGCUGUCUUCCAGACUUACAGGGUUAUGUUUUUCCCAGACCUCUGUAGUCCAACAUGAAUUACAGAGCUGUUUUCUCACUUCCCGGCCCUCCACAGGACAAGAGUGCAAUGUUUCAUCACCACCUAAUAUUCCUCAUUGGAAUGGUAUUUGCAUGUAGGGAAAUGCAUGCAAUUCCUCGGUGUUCAAUGGAAGACAGGAAUGUAAACUAUGAUCACUGCAACUUUACUCGGGUUCCCUUUGUGCCUGAAACUGUCGUCAUACUUUCUUUAAACUUCAAUUACAUCCGAGAAGUGAAUGCUGCCUCCUUCCCAUUACGAGAAAGAUUGAUGAUUUUGUCACUUGGAUCACAAUUGGCUCCCCCUGUAAUCAUAAGAAGAGAAGCUUUUAGGAAUGUAUCAAAUCUCAUACAACUGGAUUUAGGUGACAAUAAAAUGAUUGUGUUGGACCAAGGUGCUUUUGUGGGACUGGUGAAGUUGCAUAACCUUUUUCUAUAUUUAAAUGGUUUUAAUGAAUCUAUUUUGGAAGAGAAUUACUUUCAAGAUUUGGUCUCUUUGGAAUGUUUGGAUCUUCAGUACAAUCAAAUCACUAGGCUUCAUCCUCAUCCUCUAUUUUACAGCAUGAAAGCCUUGGAAAUUCUGAAGUUGAAAUUAAACCCCAUUAAGACCAUCUGUGAAGGAGAUCUGGACAGCCUUCAGGGGAAAAGAUUCUCAUUGCUAGAUCUCAAUUCCAACCACUUAUAUAGAGAACCUUCAAUGGACUGGGCAUCCUGUGGAAAUCCUUUUAAAAAUAUUCACAUAGGCACAUUGGAUGUUGGUCGUAAUGGAUGGAAUGUGCCUACAACUCAGCAAUUCUCUGCAGCUAUUCAAGGAACACCACUUCAGCAUUUGAAGGUCUCAUCUUCUUCAAUUGGUAUAUCAUUUGGGUAUAAUAAUCUCCAGGAUCCAGACAAUAAUACAUUUGUAGGUCUUCGUAAGAGUGGCCUUCUAAUCCUUGAUAUUUCACACAGCAAUAUUUUCUCUCUGAACCCCUAUGUAUAUCAAUAUCUCAGUGAUCUGCUGCUGCUUGAUCUGAAUGCAAACUCUAUCAAUCGAAUUCGGAAAGAAGCAUUUUUUGGUCUUCAAAACCUGCAAUACUUAAACCUGUCAUACAAUCUGCUGGGUGAACUCCGUGAUUAUACCUUCAAGGGACUUCCUAAUGUGGUUACUAUAGAUCUGGAACAUAAUCAUAUUGGGGUGAUUCAAGAAGGCACAUUCAAAUAUUUACCAAGACUUCAGACACUGAAUCUCAGGGAUAAUGCCCUAGUAGUAAUCCGGUCACUCCCAAAUCUUGCCUCCAUUCUUUUAGGUGACAACCGGCUACAAUCCAGAGGCACUAACAGAAUCUCAGCUAUAAAUGCCACAGACAUUGACUUGGAGGAAAACAAGCUAGAAGACCUGGGCAAUCUCUAUGAACUACUCCACAUUCCAGAGGUGCAGCGUAUUUUUUUGAAAAACAAUCGCUUUUCUUAUUGCUACAAACGGAACAACGUAGCAGAAAACAAUACACUAAUCUACUUGGAUCUUGGAGGUAAUAUAUUAAGGCUUGUGUGGGAAAGUAAUGCAUGCUUAGAUGUGUUCAAGGCACUUUCCAAGCUUCAAGUCCUCCAUCUUAAUAAUAACUAUCUCCGUUCCCUUCCAGAGGGUAUCUUUAUUGGCCUAGUCUCACUGAUUAGGCUGAAUUUGGCUUCUAACCAGCUGAGUUAUAUUUCUCACACUGCCUUCCCUCCAAGCCUGAGGAAUCUUGACUUAUCAGCUAACCACCUGCUUUAUCCAGAUCCUCAGGUCUUUGCAACUCUAGACUAUCUAGAUCUCACCUAUAAUCAAUUUUACUGUGAUUGCCUCUUAAGCAGCCUGCUUAUGUGGCUAAACGAAACCAAUGUCACCUUGGCUGGAUCACCAAAUGACAUGUUCUGUUUUGGGCCUCCUGGUUUCACUGGUGCUCCUCUUCAAACAUUAAAUGUUGACGGUUGCAAUGAAGAGAAGCUCUGGGAGUCUCUUCGGUUGUCACUCUUCAUUUUUACCUGUGUUGCUCUGAUGGUGUUCUUAGAGCUGGUGAUCAUCUUUACUCAUUUUAGGGGAACUUGUUUUAUCUGGUAUAAGACUGUAACAAGAGUCUUCUUAAAUGAGUUGGAGCACAAGCUGGAUAAAGAGAAAUAUAGAUAUGAUGCCUACCUGUGCUAUAGCAGCAAGGACUUUGAGUGGGUCCAGAAUUCCUUGAUCAAGCACUUGGACUCCCAGUAUUGUGAGAAGAACAUGUUUGCUCUCUGUUUUGAAGAAAGAGAUUUCCUACCUGGAGAGGACCAUAUCAGUAACAUCCGCGAUGCCAUUUGGAACUGUAGGAAAACCAUUUGCAUCGUGACGAAGCAUUUUCUCAAGGAUGGCUGGUGUGUGGAGGCAUUUAAUUUUGCUCAGAGUAGGUAUUUUUGCGAACUGAAGGAUGUUCUCAUUAUGGUGGUAGCUGGGUCACUUUCUCAAUAUCAGCUAAGGAAAUAUAAGCCAAUCAGAGCCUUUUUGCAAAGGGGACAGUACCUGAGGUGGCCCGAAGACCAUCAGGACAUGGAGUGGUUUCUCAAUGUGCUUUCUCACAAAAUAGUGAAGGACAAAGAGGUUAAGAAAAAACAGGAAGACUUGGAAUUGGAAACUGUAAAGGUGUCUUAAUUGGCAAGUUGGUUGCAUGUCAUUUCAGGGCAUAAGCUAACUAGUUCUCCAAAGAAUGUGUCAUCCAGUUCUUCAAAGUGCUUAGUCCUAAUCUAACUAUCCCAGAGUCUGAAGGAGUCUAUGUACAGUUGAAUGCAUUUGUCUUAAGGGCACUGAGCUGCAUGUACCUGGAUGAAUUUAAAUGUUUGCGGUUUGGUUCAAGGCUGAACCCUUAAGUCUACCUCAUGUGAAGUCUGCAAUUACAAAUAAAUACAUGAAUAAAUGUGACAAAUGAAGAUGAUAAAGGAAUAAAUAAGUAAAAUGAC